AUGGAAACCCUAGAAGAAGCAAAGAUUUCAAUCCCAACUGAAACCAUGGAAGACAUCUUCUCCAGACUCCCCAUCAAAUCUAUACUUCGAUUCCGAUCCCUCUCUAAACCAUGGCUAUUGCGCCUCUCCAGCCCAUCAUUCACCAAACUUCACUCCACUCGUGCUAACCGCACCUUCUUAUUUAUUUCUGCUCAUGAUCGUUCUGCUCGAAAACAACACCUUCUCUCCGCCGGUCACCACGGUGGACCCGUCACUCAUCUCAUCACACUCGACGAUCUUAGCUGUAUUAUCGAAGCGCAACAUUUGAACGGGUUAGUAUAUCUUACUUGCGUCAAACGCCAAACUCAAGCUUGCACUUUUGUUGUUAACCCUAGUACGCGUAAGAUUUUUAAUGUCCCUGAUCCUUCCUCCGAUGUAAAGGAUUUAUAUUACCCUCGAAUCCGUUACUUAUUUGGGUUUGACGAGUCUACAAACGAACAUAAGAUCUUGAUGAUUAGGGAUCUUUCUCAACCUUCUAGGGAGAUCAUGAUUUUCUCUAUGUCAAGUUAUUCAUGGAGAAAGAUCCAUGCACAGCCUCCUGUUGGUUUUAGUUGGGAUAGAUUGCGCUUCAACACAUACCAAAAUGUUUGUGUCAAUAGUGUAGUACAUCUAAUGCUUACGGAAUCAGAAUCGUUUGACAUUUUAGCGUUUGACUUGAGAACAGAGAAGUUUUCAAUAAUUACCACUCCUCAAGGUGUUAUGCCUGAAAUUUAUCAUGUUGCGCUACAAGACGAUCCUUACAUCAUUAAAGUGAAUGGCUGA